CAACAAUUCUAUAAUAAGAACUAAGAACAGAAGCAGAAAGGGAGAAAAAAGAUAAAGAAUGGGGUUCUUUACACUCCUUGAAGUGGCAGCAAUGCCAGUGUUGCAGGUUCUUCUCAUCAGCAUUCUUGGAGCUUUCAUGGCAACCGAGUACUUAAACCUUUUACAUGCGGAUGCUCGAAGAUACUUGAACAAGAUUGUUUUCAUGAUCUUCACUCCUUCACUCAUCUUUGCAAGUCUAUCUAAGACUGUUAACCUCCAAGACAUCAUUACAUGGUGGUUCAUGCCUGUCAAUAUGGGUUUGACCUUCUUGUUUGGAGGAAUACUUGGAUGGAUUGUUGUGAAAAUAUUGAAACCAGAACCAUAUCUGGAAGGUCUCAUCAUUGCAACUUGUUCAGCAGGAAACUUGGGAAACCUUCUGUUGAUAGUUGUCCCUGCAAUCUGUGAUGAGGAAGGCAGCCCAUUUGGUGAUCGUAAUAUUUGCAGCACUGUGGCACUCUCCUAUGUAUCUUUCUCCAUGGCGCUUGGAGGAUUGUACAUUUGGACUUACACUUUCCAUCUUGUACGAAGUUCUGCAUUAACAUACAAAGCAAUUCAAGAAGCCGAGGGAUCAUUGUCAAGGAAGCCUAACGACGAUUUUGAUGCCAACAAUGAAUCCUACCUUCUCAAGGCAGAUGAUCAAGAUCAGACAUCUAUACAAGUGACAUCAACAAAGUCCAUUGAUGAGCAUAUUGAAAAUGGUGUUGUGGCACAAUCAUCUGGGAAAGCUGGGGAUGAGAUGUCAAUCUGGGGAAAACUAACAGAUUUUCUCCAUGAAAUUAUGGAGGAGUUGAUGUCACCACCAACUGUUGGUGCAAUCAUGGGAUUCAUUUUUGGGUGUGUGCCCUUUCUGAGGAAUCUUAUUAUUGGUAAAACUGCUCCUCUGCGAGUGAUCCAAGACUCGAUCCAAUUACUAGGGGAUGGCACAAUUCCUAGUAUCACCCUUAUACUUGGGGGUAACCUCAUCAAAGGUCUACGCUCAGCAAACUUGAAGCCAUUGAUCAUCAUUGCAGUAAUUUUGGUGCGGUACUUAAUACUUCCUCUGAUUGGGAUUGGAUUGGUUAAGGUUGCUGGUAAUCUGGGCUUCCUUUCGCCAGAUCCGCUCUACCGAUAUAUCCUGAUGUUACAAUUUACCCUCCCACCUGCCACAACUAUAGGUACAAUGACCCAGCUAUUUGAUGUGGGUCAAGAGGAGUGCUCAGUCCUAUUCCUUUGGACAUACCUGGUUGCAGCUUUUUCCCUCACAAUUUGGUCCACAGUCUUCAUGUGGGUUCUGUCUUGAAGAGUGCUAGUGCAUGAGAGAGCUAUAAUAGCAGCAGUUUCUGAUGGACCAGAGUUUUUGAGAGCUCUUCCCAAUUGAAGCAGUUACUCUAUAGGCAU